GAAGCUUUUCCCAAGAAGAGUUACAAUUUCAGAUCCAUCCUGCAGCAACCAAGAUACUCAACCGAUGUCCAACCACGGCAAUGGUCUCUAUGAUAACCUGUUCGCCUCGCUGAUUUCCGAUAUUAGAUCUUAUAAUGGGAGCGAUCCUCUCCUUCCUUGGCUCCGUGGGGUGAAGAAGAUGAAGGAGGCUCUGCCUCCGCAGCUUAUGAAGGAGAAGCUACCUCGGUUUCUUCAGAAAUGCGCGGAGGCGUUCCUGACGGACGGCCGCUACAGUAAUGAUAUGCGCUAUCUUCGCGUUUGGCUGCAAUUGCUGGACUUCGUUGAUGAUCCAAAGGCUGUUUUGAGAACAAUGGAAAUGAAUCGGAUUGGGAUGAAGAAGUCUUUGUUUUACCAGGCAUAUGCUCUCUACUAUGAGAAGAUAAAGAAGUUUGAUGCAGCUGAGAGGAUUUAUCAUAUGGGCGUCCAGAACCUUGCUGAACCUGCUGACGAGUUGCAGAAGUCAUAUGAACAGUUUCUUCACCGGAUGCAGCGACAUAAGAACAAAAGAGCUCAGACACAGGCUAGGUUAUCAAACAGAAGAGCUUUGAAUUGUAAACCCGAACAGGUUGCGCGAUCAUGUAAUAAAGAGUAUGUGCCUGAAACACAAGCUAAGUUUGCUGAUAUUGAAAAUGAGAAGGUACCUGUGAAAGAAGCUAACCAGAGACCAAUGGAAGCAAAGUCUGGUUAUAUUGGAAUACUCAAUGAUCAACUUGUGAAAAAGGCACAUGUGAGCGAUUCUGUAAACGAGGAAGAAGAAAAGCAAGAGGAGGAUACUAAAGGUUGUAGCGAGGAUACAGUUUUUGUUAAGUUAGUAGACAGUGCCAUUAUUGGGAAAUCUAAUGCAGAAGAUGCUCGGCAUCAUGGCCUGGUGGAACCUACCAUUAAUACAAGGGAAGCCAUGAAUGUCAUCAACAGCAUGUUCCAACAGCCUUUGGAGCCAUCAAUUGGUGGUAGAGCAAGACGGAGUCAGUCCAAAACCGGUAACAACUCAAAUACUGGAUUCAAGGUCUACUCUGAUGAGAGCACAGAGACCAAAUCUGUAGUAACAGACCAUGCUUCAUUGAAGAAUCCAUCAAAUCCCACAUAUGAAAGAGAUGUAGCUCAACCACUGGACCGACCAUUCGCUAUUUAUGUCGACAGUGAGGAAAUAAAUGAUCAAGAGGAAUGCACAAAGAAAGGUGUGCAAGGUCAGAAGUCCUCCAAUCCAAGCACAUCUAGUGUGCAAGGUGAACAUGCAUCUGUCUUUGCUCGACCGAAUGAUAUCCGUUCAGAGUGUUCUCGAGCUACAAAUCCUAGGAGAUCACACCAGGCUGGACUCUGGGAGGAUACAGUUGUUUCUCGGUUUGUAGGAUCAACUAUCUUGGAGGAACCAGAGGUAGAAAAUGUUUGGCACCACGGCCUUGUAGAACCGACAAUUAACUUCAAGGAGGCCAUGAAUGAUAUCAACAGCAUGUUUGGAAAGCCAAUAGAAUAUGCAAGGAAAGGCCGAUCAAAAAAACACAACAGAGUGCCUGAUGUGAAAAACAAUUGUGCGGACUUUAUGAUACUCCCCGAUGAUGAACCGCAAACCAUUCAGCGAAAAGAUGACAUCAACAACAAAUCCCUGAUACCACAAGGUUUUACUACAAAACAUGGUUCCCUGGAUCAGGACAAAGCACCCAAUGACAUGGUGAAUGAUCGGUCAGGUUUUUUAAUCUUCCCCGACGAUGAAUUUGAUAAUCCACAAGGGAAAUCCUUCACGAGCUCGUCUACCAGAAAAGAAAGCGAUUUGUUUGAACAAACUAUGUGCACUAAAGAGGCAAUUGAUGAAAUCAACAAAAUGUUUGCAAUGCCAAUGGAACUCUGAACCUCUUAGGGAUAUAUUUGUGCUUCUGUCCUGGAGCUUGCUGGCUCUGUUUUAGUCAGCCUGUACUCUCUUGCUCACUUUCUACAUUGUUUUUUCAUAUCCUGGGUUACAUUUUAAAUACAUUUAUCUUGAAGAAAUCAUGCAGGAAACCCCUGAACUGAUGAAUCAUUGGUUUGGCUGCAGUCAUCUUCCUGAGAAGCUCUUAAGAGGUAAAACCAAGUUCUAAGCUCUCUAGGAAGGUUCUUAAAUAUUAUUGCUGAAC